AGAGACUAUAGACAAAUCGGAAUUAACAUGUUUAUUUGUCAAAGUAAUAAUUUGUUUUCGAUUUAAAUUUCGAUUAUAUUUGACUGUAUAUAGGAAUCUUUAUUUGACUAAAAAUAUUAUAGGUGAUAACUCUGUUUUAAGUGAUUAUUAUAAAAAUGGCUGGACUAGAGUCCAUGGUUGUCGAAGAGGUUAAGCCUGCAGAGAAGCCGGUCGAUAGAGAAAAGACUUGCCCAUUAUUACUUCGCGUCUUCUGUUCAACUGGACGUCACAAUUCGCCAGGAGAUUAUGCAAGAGGAAAUGUUCCUCAGAAUGAACUUCAAAUAUACACAUGGAUGGAUGCUACUCUUAGAGAGCUGACUGGACUCGUGAAGGAAGUAAAUCCGGACACCAGACGUAAGGGCACAUAUUUUGACUUUGCAAUUGUCUACCCUGAUAUGCGGUCACCCACAUACCGCAUGAGAGAGAUUGGUGUCACUUGCUCUGGGCAGCGUGGAGGAGAUGAUAACAAGACAUUAGGCCAAGUAAAGUUCCAGAUUGGGAACUAUCUGGACAUAUCAAUAACACCACCAAACAGAAUGCCUCCUCCAAUGAGACGUCCACAGCCUUACAUGAAUAAUCGUCAAUACUGAGUGUAAUUUGUAAGAUUUAAGUAAGUUUAAUAUUAAAUAAAACUUAAAUGACUCUAAAGUGUUUAUAUCUAAGUAUGAAGAUUUAAAAUAGGUGAUUAAAUAGUUUGUGUGUUGUCAACAACUAAACCUCAGAAUUUGGUAAAUGGAUCUAUGCAUUUUGUACACAUUUUAUUGAAAGGUAACAUAAAACAGUGGAAAUGAAAA